UCCUACCUUGAUAUAUCUGGUGGGAAACCCGGCCCGAAGUAAUGAAGGUGGCUGCUAGAGCAGGGGGAGACUGGGCAAAGUUCAAGCCAGAAAUGCAGAGGCGAUUCAAGUUAGGGGAUGGCUUGCUGACUAAGACAGGCUUGGAAAUGCUACAACGGGAUGAGUUCUCCACGGUAGGGGCCUUCGCCACAGCGUUCGAGAAGAUGGCAAAGAAAGUCCCAGGGUUGGCGGAGGAGGAACAAUGUGUCACUUUCCUGGGACACUUUAAGAAUUGGGAGGCCUCGUCGCUAACCAAGAAAGUUGCGCCGGGAAAGAAGCUCACAUGGGCUGCCAUAAAGGAAGGCGUGAUAGAAGGAGAACUGGACCAAGUAGACAUUUUCCAGAUGAGACAAGCUAGGAAGAAGAGGAAGGCUUUGGAUGCUAUAGCGGGUGAUGGACGCGACUUCAAGAAAUUGGUAGAGGACGCAGUGACCCAGCUCGAUGCAGAAAAGGAGGCAAAGAGAAAGACUAUGGCGGCACCACAGGCCCAAGAGAAAGCAAAAAAGGCCGUAGCGCAGGAGGAAGAGGAGGAAGAAGAAGAAGAGGUGCCUGAGCCACAUAAGCUGACAAUGGCUCAGAGGAAGGCAAGGAACUUGGCUCAGGGGGGGCAAGGCUCAGGGAGGGGUCAGGUCACGCAAGCUGUAGCCAUGCCACCUCCUGAGUCACCCAGUCAGGCUGCACCUGCACACUAUGGGCCAUGGCAAGGUUGUGGGCCUUCAAAUUAUUGGCAUGGGCAUUGUUCAUACGCGCCAUGGACGAUGAGUGGGCCGCACGGGUCAUGUGUCGGACCGCCAAUGAGCGCGGCUUCCUGCGGAUGUCCAGGACCCCAAGCUCAGCAGGUAGGCAAGCAGGAAAAGAUGAUAGGUGGGGUGUAUCUACUGGCAAAUGCGCUGCUUCAGGAGGAGGCAGUCAGGAAUAUGGUGCUAGAUCAGGAAGAGGUGGUGGAGCCGGGAGAAGGUGACAAUGUGAUCCACGAGAGAGAAGAUGAUGACUUUGAAGAGGGGGUGAUCAAGGAAGCGUUUCGAGCAGAGGAGUAUGAGGGAGUAUUCCUUGAACUCGGCAUGCUUCUUUCGUGCGAGAUGAGGGAAAGAGAUGCCUGCGCGAGAGUUCUGAAUAUGAGGCCAAGCUUCCUGGUAAGGGAUGACCAUCUGUUCAUGAGGAGCAAAGGAAGGGAUCCCAGGAGAGUAGUCUGCGGCAUCGCUCGCCAGAUUGACAUUAUGGCGGCACUGCACGACGGUACGGCAGGUGGCCACAGAGGUGCAGAUACGACAUAUCUGACAAUCCACGAGCUAUACUAUUGGGAUGGCAUGGGGCAGAUGAUCGACGAUUACUGAAGCUACAACUUCAUCUUUGAUAUGCGGGACAACCUCUCUGGGUCUGUGGAUGGCAGGGCCAUUCGCAUGAAGACUGGAGAGACGCUGAACCGAUGCAUCGAAGAGUAUUAUCUUCACUAUCCCUUCGUUUCCAGGUUUGUGAUGGAUAGGGGGUCUGAAUUCACAUGUGCGGAAGUAAAGGCGCUAUUGAAGAAGUAUGGGGUGAUCGCCGAAUACACCACUGCAGCGCACCCUCAGGCCAAUGCACAUGUGGAGAGAGGGCACAACACCAUUACAAAUCUUCUUGCCAAAUCGACCGAUGGCAGGCCCAACCAGUGGCCGAACUUCCUAAUGGUCGCUUUCUUCGUGAAUAACAUCACCGUCAGGAGAAGCACUGGCUACGCACCGGCUACGUUAUGGUACGGCAGACACGCAACAUUUCCUAUCGAGAGCUUCCUAAAGACCUGGAGGCGACAGAACCUCGAGACUGAUCUGACUUUUGAGGAGCUGCUGGAUUUGAGAGCACGUCAGAUCGGCGCUAUUGAGGACAGGGUUGAGGAAGCAGCAAGUAGGACAACCGAUAACCGUACCAAGGACAAGUUCCGGUGGGAUAAGAUGGCGAGGGUAAGAAAGGAGCCUCUCGAGGUGGGAGACGUUGUGUUGUUGUAUGACUCGUCCCUGGAGAAGCAAUGGUCUCGGAAGUUGGAUAAGAGGUGGUUGGGACCUUACAGGAUCACCAGAUGUGGUGAACAUGGUGCCUACCAAAUUGAGGAGCUAAAUGGGACGGCAUGGAAGGAUUGGGUGUCAGGCUCAAGGCUGAAGAAGUUUGUUGCUCGAGACGAGGUGAGCAGGGAUCUCACCACUUAGGGUCAUCUCAUGACUACUCCGAUACUGUUCUCAGUAGAGUAG